AUGUCCGCCCCGAGCAGAUGCUUGGCCACGGCCGCUAAGAACCUGCGAAACUCACGCAUUGCGACCGUCCCGCAACGAGCCUUUGCUUCGAGCACAACAAAUGCGCCUGCAUCCUCACGGAAUGGCACCGCGCCAAAGACGACAUGUUUGAGGGAGUUGCAAAGGAUACAAUCCGGUGCAGGAAAGACUGCGGGUAGUUUGGGUGGACAGACACGGACGUUCUCGCAAUCGGCCUCGCGAAGCAAGCUCAAGACAAUUGACCAGAUUCGAGCACGGAACAAGGGCGGGCCAUUCAACCUUACAGCCGCCAUUCUCUUCAUCGCAGCGGGCGGGGGACUAUGGGCCUAUUUCACGUACGAGAAGGAGCGCCUGGCACGGAAGCGGAUAGCCGAGCAGACCAAAGGCAUAGGCAAGCCCAAAGUCGGUGGACCAUUCCGGCUAGUAGAUCAAAACGGAAACUCAUUCAGCAAUGAGGAUAUGCUCGGAAAAUACUCAUUGGUCUACUUUGGCUUCACCCACUGCCCGGACAUUUGCCCCGACGAACUCGACAAGAUGGCCCUCAUGUACGACAAGGUCGUGGCAGAAUGCGGCAACGUCCUCCUACCCAUCAUGAUUACAUGCGACCCCGCGCGCGACAACCCUAAAGUACUCAAGGAGUAUCUCGCUGAAUUCCAUCCGGACUUUAUUGGUUUGACGGGCGACUAUGAGCAGAUCAAGAGCACGUGCAAGGCGUACAGAGUGUACUUUAGCACGCCGAAUAAUGUCAAGCCUGGACAGGACUAUCUGGUUGACCACAGCAUCUACUUUUAUCUCAUGGACCCAGAAGGCGACUUUGUAGAAGCUAUCGGCCGCAACUUUACAGCUGACCAAGCUGCCAAGGUUAUUUCCGAUCAUAUCAAGGAUUGGGAGAAGCCGCUGAAGAAGGAGACGCGGUGGGAGUAA